UUGUCUGCUGGGUGUGUCGCUAAUAUCUUUCAACAGGGCACAGAGGGGUGGGGCAAUUCAUUGCGAAUCUCUAUAAAUUGAGCGAUUCAUUGUUGAGUCAAGUCAUGUGGACGUUGAAUUUGCAACUAUAUCGUUGUCGUCAUUAUCAUAUCAUCAGCAAUUAAACAAACGAAAAUGUUUUAUUUUAUAUUACCCUUGGGCUGCUUGAUUACGCUCGUCCUGAGCGAACCUCAGUGGACGGGGGGGGGAUAUGCCAGCAGCCCACAUGGUGCUGCACCUUUGGGAGCCGAUGGCCGUGUCGUCGAUACACCUGAAGUUCAGGCUGCAAAAACUUCACAUUUGGCCGCCCUCGCUGAUGCCUCUGCCAGAGCUGGAACCCCACCCAAUAGCUACAGCACUCCCAAUCUAUGGAAUAAUCAUGGAUGGAAUGGAUCACCUCCUCCAUAUGCUCACAGCGCACAGUAUGGAACACGCUAUCAUGGUCCCCCAGCUCCUCUUGGUCCCGACGGAAGGGUUGUUGACACACCCGAGGUUGCUGCAGCCAAAGCUCAUCAUUUUUCACUCUAUAACAAUGCCGUUGCUCCUCCUGCUCCUUCUCUUUCUCCUCAUGGUCACUAUGAUUCCGGUGCAUACAAUCCAGCUUGGGACGGCCCAGCACAUGAUGGCUCAUGGAAUGCUAAUGCUCAUAAUUAUUGAAUAAUCCUUUCAACUACUGUUAUCCGUAUCAUUCACAAACACUUAUUGUCGUUUUUUUUCCUCCUCUACCUCAAAUAAGGGAGAACACCGCGACUACUGGUCCGCCUUCUCCAAUAAUCAUGCAGUAUCAUCUCGAUUUUAUAAUUCCCAAUUGAGAUAAAUGUCGGACGAAAUUAUUUCUCUCAAAUUUAAUUUUCCUUUUUUUCUUCAUUUUUGUGCGGAUAAUGAAUAUGAAUAAUCCAAAUUGAGAUAUUGCGGUGGUUGUUUUUAUGGUGAUCAAUGAAUUGAGAAUAAUAAAAUGAAUACACUUAUUUGAUUACAA